AUGUACCAAGAUCCAAGCAACGCGUUUUCAAGACACCAACCAAACACCUCGGCAGAAUCCCUCUCCGAUAGCAUUCAAUGGUUCCGCGAUGAUGAGAAUAAUGGUUGGUUCUGGCCGCUCAACUUGGAUCCAAAUUUGCAUCACGACAAUGACGGCUCUUCCAAUGGCGAGGGCCUGCCCGGCCAGUCCCUGACCGAAGCUACCGGACACCCUUUCGGUCCCGAUCACUCCUCUCGAAGGCGAGACCGCCAUCACAUCAGCCAGAGCGACAAGACCCUUGGGCCGAAAAUCGGCCGUCGACUGUCGCUGGAUGCCGUCCGUGUGCUCAAGCAAUGGCUGUCAGCUCAUCAAGGCCACCCGUAUCCCUCCGAGACAGACAAGUCCUUUCUCCAAGCCUCCACCGGGCUGAGCAUGGCCCAGAUCACCAACUGGUUCGCCAAUGCCCGGCGGCGCGGCAAGUUCCAGCCAUCAUCCCAUGACACGGCUCGAUUUCAGGACCAAAACGAUACCCAACGAGAUGGAUCGGACCCCGUGACGAUCCCACCGCGGCGCCCGACGCCGGCGCCGACAAUGGCGUCGCCGCUGGAGAGGUGGGUUGGCUCGCCGCCCGAGAGCGAACCCGCCUCUCCAGAUGACAUUGCGCGUGCUCUGGCAUCAAGUAGCGCCGAUUCGACAACCUUCGACAUGCUCGGGAUGCCGGAUUUCCUCAAGUACGGAGACGGUUCCUCCAGCAGUCUCGGAACAUCCAGCAACGCCUCCAUCUACUCCCCUGACUCGUUCCUGUCGGGGACGUCGCAUGUCAGACGGUCUCGGCGCCGAAGAUCGCACGACCAGAGCAAGACGUCCCGCAACAAGGGGACGCGUCUCGUCAAACAUCGUAACAUCUUUGAGUGCACCUUUUGCACCGAAACCUUCAAGACGAAGUACGCAUGGCAACGCCACGAGAACUCGCUGCACUUGUCCCUGGAACAAUGGGUGUGCGCGCCCCAUGGAGCGAUAGAAGGCACGGAAGGGGACUCUUGGUGUGCGUUUUGCGGCGUGCCGGAUCCCAACGAUGCCCACAUCGUCUCCCAUAACUAUGACAUCUGCCGAUCGCGCCCUCUGCGAGAGAGAACGUUCAGCCGGAAAGACCACCUCGCCCAGCACCUUCGACUCGUCCACAACAUGACAAAGACGGACGGCUUGCACAGAGAUUUGUCACAGUGGAAGGCCUCAUCGCCGGAAAUACGUUCCACAUGCGGAUUCUGCGGCAUGAGCUUGCAGACUUGGGAGAUCAGGGCCGGUCAUUUGGCAGAUCACUUCAAGAUGGGGCAUACCAUGGGAGACUGGAAGGGCGACUGGGGUUUCGAACCUGAUAUUGCCGCUCGGGUUGAGAAUUCAAUUCCUCCAUAUAUCAUCGGAACCGAGCGGAAUACCCCGAUGCCAUUCCGUGCAAGCGCGACCCCUUUCGAGUCGCCUAGAAACGCGUAUGAGCUCCUUAGCCUCGAGCUAAUGCACUUCAUCGACGUAACAUACUCCGACACAAAGACCUUUCCCACCUCGACGCAGAUCCAUCUUGACGCGUGCCGCAUCAUCUUCACCUCGGAAUGCAACCAUCACGAGUCCCCCGAGCCCUCCUGGCUGCGAGAUCUGAUCAUAUCAGAUCCGGAUAUUGCUAUGGAAGCUCGCCUAAGACCACUUCGCAAAUUUGCCGAGUCUCAUUUCCGCUCUAAUGGAGGUGUUGUUCCGGUAACUCACCAUGAGCUGCAACAAGAGGCCACACGCAUUGUUCAGAGACAAGAGGACAGCUCGAGAAUUCUUUGCAUCAACAUGACGAACUGGAUGAUUGGUAUGAUCAACACCACUACUGGGUGGUUAGACAGCUUCUGCGAGAGGGCUGGCGUGUCGUUCUCUCCUGUUCCCGUCAGUAUUGCCCACGUGCAAGAACCCGAAGACAAUGCCGGGGCAACGAAAGCCAUAUUCGAUCAGUAUCAAAAUCUUGAAGAGAGAUUAGUGGACCACGUCGAAAUUUUACGCGCUCAUGGCGUCAAACCCGACGAGACAACACUGCGCAAGAAGGCCAACGAGCUCAUCAUGAAAUCCGAGAACCAAGAAUGGAAAGAGAUAGCCAUUGGGAACGAGAAAUGGUUCGAUAGCUUCCAAAGACGAUACCUGAAACAGACGGAAGACCCCACGGCGACCAAUGCCCCGGUCUCCCGGGAAUCAGCUUAUACCCAGGGACUGGAACGAAGAACGGGGUGGAAGGGGACCAUGUCUUGUUAG